AUGCUGCAGCAUGCUGUGGACUGCGCCAACCCUGCUCCGCUCGGCUUUUUUGCCUUUUCAUUGACUACUGCCCUCUACAUGACGUCACAGGCCGGCCUGACAGAGGCGGCCACUCAGUGUGACUUCCCGCUGGGGAUCUGCUUCGGCGGUCUCACCAUGCUCAUCGUUGCCAUCCUGGAGAUGUUCCGAAGGAACACCCUUGGUGCCACCGUCUUCGGGACCUUCGGGGCCUUCUGGAUUGCCAUCGAAGCCGUCACGGUGAUGCCCAGUGACAUAAAAGUGGCGCAGGCUCAAGGGGGGGGGAAUUGUGAUUGCCUAAGUGCUCUGUUUGGCGUGGCCGCCAUCGGCUUCAUGUGCGUGUCGGUGGCGUACAAUCUCGCACUGCCUCUUGUGUUCCUGAUGAUAGGCAUCAUGUUCUUCCUGCUGUCCGCCGGCACCACACGCCCCAACAUCGCCAAGGCAGCUGGCUGGUGGGGCAUCUUCACGUCCGUGCUUGCCUUCUACAUUGGCAUGGCAAUCCUGUUUGAGGAGAGUUGGGGCCGCGAAAUUCUGCCCCUA